AUGGGAGGUUGCUUUUCAGAUGUGAGAGGAGGGAAGGAGGCCGUAGGCGGGGCCCAGCCUAGUUCCACAGUUCACAACGACGCCGUUGAGUUCUUUUACAGGUCCCAUGGUGCUUUCCCACUAUUUUCUCAACUCGAGUUAACCCUGUCCGCAUCUAACUUACUUGAUCUUGACGUCACUUCAAAGAGUGAUCCCAUGGUGAUUGUCUAUGCCAAAAAAAGCGAUGGUAAGCUAGAGGAAUUAGGGAGAACUGAAGUAAUACUGAAUAGUUUGAAUCCUGUAUGGAUAGAGAAAGUUUCAAUUGCAUAUCAGUUCGAGAUGGUGCAGCCAUUGAUAUUCCAUGUGUAUGAUGUUGAUACAAAAUAUCACAAUGUACCUGUAAAGACACUGAAUUUGAGGGAUCAAGAAUUUCUUGGGGAAGGCAGUUGUGGUCUUUCGGAGAUCGUGACUAAACAAACUCGGAGUUUAACCUUAAAUCUCAUAAACAGAAAUUGGCAUGGAGGUAUGAGAAAGUUUGGAACACUCACAGUCCAGGCCGAGGAAACUAUUGCUUCUAGGAGUGCUGUGGAGAUAAAAUUUCGAUGUUCCCACUUGGAAAACAAAGAUUUCUUUUCUAAAAGUGAUCCUUUCUUAAGAAUAUCUAGAAUUGUUGAGAGUGGAGGUUCUAUUCCAAUUUGCAAGACUGAAGUUGUGGAUAACAAUUUAAAUCCAACUUGGAAGCCAGUAUGCCUGAGUAUGCAGCAAUUUGGAAGCAAGGAUACCCCAUUAGUCUUUGAGUGUUUUGAUUUCAACAGCAAUGGCAACCAUGUUCUUAUUGGGAAAAUUCAAAAGUCAGUGGCGGACCUGGAAAAACUAUACAAAGAAAGGAGUGGUGUGAAUUUUGUCUUUCCAACUUCUCGUCAGGGUCAUGAAAAGGUUUUGAAGGGCCAGCUGUUUGUGGAUCAAUUGUUUGAGAAGGAACAGUUCAGCUUUCUUGACUAUAUUUCUAGUGGAUAUGAGCUUAACUUCAUGGUCGCUGUUGAUUUUACAGGUUCAAAUGGAGAUCCUCGAAGUCCUGAUUCUUUGCACUAUAUUGAUCCUUACGGUCGGUUGAAUUCUUACCAGCAGGCUAUAAGAGAAGUAGGGGAAGUCAUUCAGUUCUAUGAUGUUGAUAAGCGUUUUCCCGCUUGGGGCUUUGGGGGUAGGGCAACUAAUGGUACUGUGUCGCACUGCUUCAACUUGAAUGGGAGUGCAAGUGACUCUGAGGUUGAAGGUGUUGAAGGCAUCAUGGGUGCUUACGCCACUGCUCUACACAACGUUUCUCUGGCAGGACCAACUUUGUUUGGCCAAGUGGUUAACAAAGCUGCGGAAAUUGCCGGCAGAUCCCUCUCGUCCUCCAACAACAAGUACUAUGUCUUGCUUAUUAUAACGGAUGGAAUCCUAACAGACCUUCAAGAAACAAAAGAUGCUUUGGUGAGAGCAUCUAAUCUUCCCUUAUCAGUCCUAAUAGUUGGAGUGGGUAAUGCAGACUUCAAACAAAUGGAGAUCCUUGAUGCUGACAGUGGACCACGAUUAGAGAGUUCUACAGGUCGUAUUGCUACACGAGACAUUGUACAGUUUGUUGCGAUGAGAGAAGUGCAUAGUGGGCAGAUUUCUGUUGUUCAAGGUCUUUUGGAAGAGCUGCCUGGCCAGUUUUUAAGUUACAUGCGUUCCAUGGACAUGAAGCCACUCACCUUCCAUGCAGGCCAACCAUCUACAUCAUAG